AUGUCUACCUUCAACGAAACCGACCUUACGUCCGGCAAUUUGCAAGCGAGCAGCACGCAGCACAGUUCAUCUUCAGAUCAAACAGCAGCUGCCAGCCAGCCCACGUAUCAAGAGAUCAGUCGCUGGAGCCCUGAUACCGACAGUGACACCUCAGAACAUCAAUCUAGUUCUCAGCGUUCUGCUGAAGGCAUUCCGGCAACACAUCGUUCUUCCACGAGUACUGAACCCAACAGUGAAACUAUUGAGGAGGAAAGGGCACGGACAGCAUUUGCCUUGGAACAUGGGGGACCGCCUGCAUCACCGGAAAAAAGGACUGGAGAGGCGUAUACUGCUCGAAUAACUAAAAACCCUAAGGCAAAUCAGCACGAAAACAGCAGAGACCAUGGGGCCAGGCGUGCUAGAAGGCGGCAAUAG